GUAAGGUUAUUUAAUAUUUUAAGAGGAGACAGAAUCUUUGAAACUCUGUGCAGAGCAGAUUCAAAAUGAAGGUUCUUUCACUACUUCUGUGGUUCAAUUUAAGGCUUACUAGGUUUGUUUGGGGAGCAGAAGAAUACUUUGAGAUAUCUGGAAAAAGUACCUUUUCGGGAUUUCUAGCAGACAAAACGAGCUGCAGCCACUAUUAUUCAUGUAAUAUUGGAAUAUGCUACCGCCAUCAGUGUAUCUCUGGUCACUUCGAUCCAGUGAGUCUUGUUUGCGAUUCUUCAGGUCGUGUUUACUGUAAAAAUCAACCAGAUCAAUCCAGCAUACACACAACCGUACCAUCGACUACAAAGGCAACAACUAGACCUACAAAAACCAAGCGUAAAACAACGGAAAAGAUACACCAUCCAAAAGCGGUGUGUAGGGAAGGAAGUGUCAUAGCGUCUACUGAAAAUUGCGCGCGUUACUUUGUAUGCAUAAAAGGAAGGCAACGGCGUAGAGAGUGCACGGACAACCUACAUUUCCACAGAACGCUACUAGCUUGCGUUGAGCCUGAAAUGUCCGAUUGUCAGGCAGAUGAACCUAAAAAAAAGUCAAGGGAAACCUUCUAUCAACCUAGAAUAGAUUCAAGGGAAACUUUCAAAAAACCUAAAAGAGAUUCGAGAGAAACCUUCAAUCAACCUAAAAGAGAUUCAAGGGAGAGCUUCAAUCAACCUAAAAGAGAUUCAAGGGAGAUCCUCAAUCAACCUGAAAGAGAAUCAACCGAGACCUUCAAUCAACCGAAAAGCGAUUCAAGGGAGACCUUCAAUCAACCUAAAAGAGAUUCAAGGGAGACCUUCAAUCAACCUAGAAGAGAUUCAGGGGAGACCUUCAAUAAACCUAAAAGAGAUUCAAGGGAAACCUUCAAUCAGCAAUCAUGCGACCAGGAAUUGGAGACGUACCAAGAUAGAAAGGAUUGCAGAUCCUAUUACCAAUGCGUUCAAGGAGAAUAUAUAAGGACCACCUGUAGACAAGGUCUUUUCUAUAGCGAAAAAGUUGGAGCUUGCGUCGACCCUGAACUUUCUGGAUGUCACAUCCCAUCGUCAUUAGAUUCACUAACGGAGUCAGUAAGGACCUAUUCUCAUAUUGAUACUACCUUUAUGAAAAAUAAUUUGUUUGCAGAAAUGUAG